CCUGGUGCAGGACCAGGUGCCUUACUUCAUCUGGAGCAGCCGCUGCAGUGCUGCAGAGAGAGGCAUCCUGCGGCCGGACCAGGUGGUGAACCACUAUGCCCGAGGGGGCUGCCUUACCACCAAGGUGGGGGCACAGGGACCUUCCCUGGGGGGGCACAGGGUGCACGCCAGGGCUGCCAUCCUUCUCCACACAGGAGGGGCUGUGCCUCACCCUGCGCAACCUGCCCUGGUUCGACCAAGCCGACCCCGAUACCUUCUUCCCUCGCUGCUACCGGCUGGGUGCUGCGGACGAGCGCCAGGCCUUCAUUGAGGAUUUCCGCCUCACUGCUGCACGCUGCCUGCUCAAAGCGGCCCUGGGAAGGGCUGAGGGUGAGCAUAUAGCACUGGAGCCAUCCCCAAAACCCAGUGAUGCUCCAGGUGAGGUGCUGAGCCCCCACCCCAGGCAUGGCGCAGUGCUCCAUCCCUCACUCUGUGCUACCCUCCUAGCAGAGGGGCCGGCCCCGCCAUUGCCCCCACAGCUGAUGGAGGAGGCGCUGCGGGUGUGCAGGGGGCACCUGGACAGCAUGGCCCACCAGGACAUCGACGGGGACACACAGCCCCACAGCCCCAACUGGGACAGCUUCCUGCAGGGCUACUACCGCGUGGUGCAGUGAGUGCCGGCAGAGGGGUGGGGAAGGGUGGAAAGGCAGUGGCUGAGCCACCCCAUA